AUUAACAUGUGUCUUAAGACAGCUAGCAUUAUGGUAUGCCCUUGCAACCUUUGCCCAGAAACUGUUUUUAUUAUUUCAAUAAGGUGGGGAAGAGGAAUACUGAAACAUAAGUCACAAGUUGCUGGCUCUGUUUCAUUGGGAAACUUCUUCUACACGGUCCAGAACCUGAGAGGUUCCCAGAGACAUCUUCUGAUGGAGACAGCGCAUACCACUUCAAUCAAUAAAACAACAGACUCCACCAGCGCGGGAACAGAAUCCAUACAAUGGUCCUAUCUGGCAGCAGGACUGGGCACAAUCCUCACCCUCUCCCUCCUCGUUGUGAUGGCGGUGAAGUUUCGUCUCUUCCACCGCUUCCUGGCCAGCUACAGGCACUCCCUGCUGCAGGAAACCGAUGGGGCCAGCCAGUACGGUCAGGAGGACAACUCAUACCCCAACGUGUCGGGUCAAAUGUCAGUGGUGGGAGGCACUGGGAGGGGGAUGGAGGACGACGAUGAUGGCUUCAUUGAGGAUAACUACAUCCAAACCAACGAGAAAAGCAGGGCUGAGAGGGGAACCCGGGAUGAGCUGGAGUUGGAAGACAGCGAUGAUGAUGAUGUGCAGUUCACCAUUGGGUGAUCAUGAACAGAUUUACAAAAAGGAAAAAAAAA